UGCGACGUGAAACUUGCAGUAAUUACUGCGUUCAUUUGCCGUGUCCCCAAGGGCAUGUUAUCGAGACGCGAGAUUAAAGCGACUAACAAACCAUCACAAUCGUCAUCAGUGGAAUCUGUUGCAGUGGUUGCGUCUCUGGCUGAUUAGGAAUACUGUCUUGAAUGUUAAUCAGCCAAUAUUGGAAUUUAAGGUUCGCGCCAGCUGCAAGAAUCCACAGUGCACCACGUGACUGCUGCAACCAAUAGGCGUCUAGCAUGUCGAUCAGCGUCUGACAGAGGACGAGCGACUCAUACAGUGAAGCUGUUAUUCACUUCAAGGAUUUUUCUCUGAACUUUGUUUUGUGUGGAGUUUUCGGAUAAAUUAUACUUUCCAGGAUGCCGUCCGACAUGAUCGAUAUCGAGGAGAAGGUGAAGAUCUGGGGCUGGGAGACCUUCAUGAAGACCCGGUCUAAGGACCACGCCAAGCUGAAGUACGAGGACGUGCAGGUGGAGGUCAACUGGAACCGAGUGAGGUUCGUGUCGUCCACGCCGGAGUUCACCGACAGGGUGUCGCUGGAAAAGCCCAACAGUCAGAUCGUCUUCAGGUCCAAGUACGAGAACUGGACAGCACAUGAACAGGAACAUUCCUUCCACACCGAGCGCACCACCGUGUCCUGCUGCACCACCGAGGUCUCUAAAGGAUUCACCAAAGGAUUUCACCUCGAGGUCAAACUGGGCUUGCCGGAAGAGGUCGCUUCUGCCACGGCGGGAUUUGGUCGCGAGGUGAACAUGGAGACGACCGAGGAGAACACCAAGGAGGAGGCCAUGACAUGGUCCAUCAACAGCAGUAUCAAAGUGCCGCCUAAACACAGGACCAUUGCCGAGCUGGUGGUCAAGGAACAAGAGUUCAAUGCGUCCUUCAAGAUGCAGGUCAAGAUCAAAGGUCGUGUUUUGGUCGUUGUGACAAAUCUGAGAGAAAAUAACUGUUUUGUUCAAUCGAUUGAAGGAGACUUUGCGGACAUAAUGAAGCGAGAAAACGAGAGAAAAGGGUUUGUGAUAGAGAAAAGAUUAGUCACCUUUGACCUCUCUGGUAACUGCAAGUUUCGGUUUGGAGUUGAACAGCACGUGCAGCUUCACGAAGAAGAGCUGAAGGAGGAAGAAAGUUGAUUCUUUUUUCAUAUUUGUGUGAUGAAGAGUGGUGUAUUUGUGUGAUCAUGACCACAACAUGUUUGGGGGACAACAACAUCAACUUGUGUGCUUGUGGAUUAAACAUCUCCAUGACUACGACACGCAUGUGAAGGUUUGAGGUAAUAUUUGAUAAAUGUAUUGAAUGCGUCCUGUCCACUGUGUUGUGGUCGAAUUCCGUGUUCGCGUCCCAGACCACUUAAAGAUAUCAGUGUAGAUUGAGACGUGAUCAUUUGUACACGUAUAAUUCAGUAGGACUUUCGCAAACACUCAAAUGACUUCUGUGGUUUUAUAUCCCUAAAGAAUGGUUUUGGGUAAUGGAUGACUAGUUACUUUCAUAAAAUGUCACAAAAGCCUAUCUGUGAUUAUUUCAGUUUUAUCCAUGGAUCCGACUAUACAUCUAUUCUACUACGGUAUAUAAACCCAGGACACAUUCCCACAUUCACGUGCGUGUACGUCGCUAGAUAAGUGCUAUAAUUUGGACGCGACGUUAAACCACAUUUCAACUCACUUCACCUGAAAUUGCUUUAUUUUGAGUCAGAUCGGAGUCAAAUCCAGUCAAAUUACACUUACGUGCAAACACAACUUUGGCAGCAAGUGUGUCCCGGGUAUGUAUCCUAAUAGAAUUGUGAAAUAGUGCAUUGACUUAUCCAAUAUAAAACUUUAAACCUGGAAUGCUUAGUUCGUAGAUAUACAAACUGCUGAGUGAAAGUGAUUCAUUAAACCAUAUACAGAGAAUACAAUCUCUGAUUACAUCUACAUUUAGUUAGAGUAGCUGUUUCUCCGAGCGUCUUACAUUUAGCAUUUGUUCAUUUAGCGGACUAUAUUUUGUAGUAGUUUCAACGCCAGCUUGUAAACAUUUUUGUUCAUAAUCAAACAUACAUAUAUUCAUGUAAUGCUUUUACAUAUAUCUGCAUUAUUAAUAAAGUACAUGUUGCAUUC